CGUGGAAUCGCGUGGAGGCAACAGCUGAGCGUAAAGAAACAAAAGAAAUCGGGUUCCCAAACAAUUAGAUCAUCGUCGUCACCAUCAGCAGCCAGGUACUACCAAAAACGUUAUCUACUUAUAUUUGUCUAUUCGUGUUUUUUCUCUCCCGUUUCGCGGGCUUGUUUUCUGCCUUCUUCAUCACGAUCAGAGGGAGAAGAAGAAGAGAAGUGAUGAUGGCGAAUCAGAGUAUCCUCCGAAGCUUGUCUUCGACUGAUUCCAUGGAGAUUUGGGAUUGGUUGAGACUCGAGGGAAAUUGGUGCAAUGGGGAUUCAGACUAUGGGAUCUCAGAGCAAUGGCCAGCAGCAGCAAUCCCAUGCAUCACAGCCAUCUCAUUUGUCGAGCCAAAACUCAUGGUAUAGCUUUACUAUGCAUGAAAUCCAAAACCAAUUGGAGGGCAGAUUGCAGAAACCCCUGGGAAGUAUGAACCUUGAUGAGCUUCUCAAAAGUGUAUGGAUCACCGAAGCAAAUCAUUCAAUGGGGAUGGACUAUAGCAACGAGGGUGCUUCCUCUGCAUCGUCGGUGCAACGCGAGGCUAGCAUGACGUUGGCCAGGGCUUUGAGUGGGAAGACCGUGGAUCAGGUGUGGAAGGAGAUUCAACUAGGACAAAGGAAGCGAUUUGGUGGCGGGCAGCAGCAGGAUAGAGAACCGGAACUUGGGGAUGUGACUUUGGAGGACUUCUUGAUACAAGCAGGGCUCUUUGCUGAAGUAUCUGUAAGCCCUUCGAUGGAUUUGGUUAUGAUCGAGGCUGAGACCCCUCAAAGUAGGACAUUUUUUGCAGCUGGUCCAACCAGGGGUUCGUCGUCCCCUCUGCCUUCACCUGGUGGGAUGCCAUCAGACGCAAGUAUGGGGUCUGGUGGUCGGAAAAGGGUUGCUCCUCCUGAUGCAAUCGAAAAGAGUAUUGAAAGGCGUUUGAAACGGAAGAUAAAGAACCGAGAGUCAGCUGCCCGUUCUAGAGCUAGAAAACAGGCUUAUUGUAAUGAGUUGGAGAGCAAGGUUUCAGGUCUCCAGGAGCAGAACCUUAAGCUCAAGAAAGAGAAGGAAUUUGAGGAGAAGUUCGCUUGUAGUCUGACAGCAGAAAACAGAUACCAGCUUAGAAGAACAAGUUCAGCAUCUGAUCUGUCCUCUUUAGGAGUUCUAUAGCAUUCCCUGCUCGAGAAUCUUCUCGAUGUGCUGAGCCGACUGCUGCUGCAGCUAUGGCCGAAGUGACCAGCCUUGGCUUCAGCCAUGGCUUCUAGCUCUACAAGUCCUCUGUGUGAUGGUCACUAUUUAGGUCAUGGAGCUCAUGUGUAUAUUCAGGAUUUUGCUAGUUUCUUUUUGGCUCUUUUUCCCCUCUUUUGCCCAGCUAGGGUCCAAUUGAUAUUAUGUUAAACAUGUAGAACAGCACCAACUUCCAAAAUGUGCCAUCUGGUUUGCUACCUAUGCCUCUUGAGUCAUCUGAUCAGCAAUUAGACAGUUUUGGUGUAUGCGGAAUGCAAAUGCCUUGCAUGUACCAGUCAAUUUAUUGCAGGAAUGUGUGCCGAUUCCCAGAAUGUGUGCCCUCUUCCUUCAUACUGAUAAUCUGAUAAACAAUAUGGAGUAGGAUCCUGCCAAAAGGCAACUCUGCCUCAUCUGGGAUCACAUUAUACAGGCCAAAUAACCAGCUAAUAACUCAAAUAAGAAGUCUGAAUGCCUUGGAAAAGAUGAACCAUUCGCAAUUUGUACAAUACAAAUGCAAAUAACAAACCAAACAGUGCCGUGAAACAAAAGGCAAUACUAACUCCAUGUCCCAAAGCGAAAAACUGAAAAUGAAUAGACAGUAGUUGCUUGGUAAUCUUAUUGUGCUUCACAAAUCUGCUUCCUAAUCAUUUUCCAACCCCUGGUCUCCCAACGGGCAGUAGAGAGUCUACUAAGGACCAAGACCAAAAAACGAUAAUGUUUCAGCCAAGCAACCUAGUAAUGCCUACCCAUAUUGCCUGGAUGCAAGUUGCAACGCAAUCGUUAACUUGUAUCAGCAGGCGAAUAUCAUAGAACACAACUUUGCCAAGAGACAGCUGCUUUGCGUUUGUUUCUAUUGUCCCAGACACUGCUCUGCUUGUUAUACUUCCUGACCUUGUCUAGGGAAUAUACAGUCUUCCCCUCACCUUCCCCUCUCAACUGAGGGGCAUAGAACUUGGGUUGUGCUCCAACUAUCGCAACCCGCGGAGUAGCAGGUACACUCUUCCCAUGACGACUUCGAGAGAAGGCUGUCAAAAAGAUGUCUCUGGCACUAGUCGUCUGGAUCGGUGCGCCCUGCAUAAUGGGCUUCCCCACAGGGAGGCCGCCCACAACCAAAGAAGUAGGCAUUACAGGUGAGUAGUAAGCUACUGUUCUUUGAUCCACAUUCCUCGCCAGGGAAGCGAGUGUAUACUUGGCUUGUGUGGUUGCUGUGACCGGUUCGAUUGUCUCAUAUUGACGAGGAAACUGUUUGUUGUUCUCCUUGAACUUGAGGGGAGAAUGCUGGCCACCCUCGACCCAUCUUACCAGGGCAAUUCGUGAAGAUCUGUUUGGAUCAUAUUCUAUCCUUUCCACAACACCGAUUGAUUCAGUCUCCCUUUUGGUAUCGAUUCUUCUAUGCAGUCGCUUUGCUCCACCUCCUCGGUGGUACGAGGUAAUACGCCCUGCUGAAUUUCUGCCAGCUGUCUUUCCCACAUUAAGAGUUAGUGCUCUAUGCCCCUCCUUUAUCUUUUUAACUGCUGGAGCACUCGCUCUGGUUCCAGCCUUUGCAGCUCCACCAGUUUUUGUGGCAAAAGAUCGUAGACCAACAUUUCCAUUUAGUGACUGCCAGGCCUGACCAGCAAGAGCAGUGCCAAGCCUCUGUUUCAAUGCGCUAGCCUGAUG